GUGAUCACUGAUUUUUCAAUCUUCGGGAGUUUCCGGUGUUGGGGAAUUUCAUUUAGUUUCUGUUCGUAGGAGAUAGGAAGAGAUCGAUCUGAAAUUUCAGGAAUCACACAAAAUUUACCCAGGUCUGGAAACUGAGAUUUCUUGAGAUACAUCAAUGGCUGGCCAGACUGAUCCUCAUAUUUCACUGUUUUCUCCACAAGAGGUUGAGUUUAUGGCAGAGGACGAACUGGUGGAGAUCGUUCCUAAUAUGAACAUGGAGCAACUCAAUUUCAUCAGUGGCGAUUUCGGUAAGUUCAUUCCUCAGAUUCCGACAAAGGUGCCUCUGUGGCUUGCAGUGGCACUGAAGAGGAGAGGAAAAUGCACGUUCCGGCCUCCUGGGUGGAUGUCUGUUGAUAAUUUGACUCAGAUCUUGGAAGCAGAACGUGAAUCUCAGUCGACAUUUCAGGAAUUACCAUUUAGUUACGUGGAAAUAGCCAGACUACUUUUUGACCAUGCACGUGAUGAUAUUCCAGACAUGUAUAUGGUGAGAUCCCUAGUCGAGGACAUCAGAGAUGUGCGGCUUCACAAACUCGAGACUAACUUGGGAUCAUUUCAAGGUACAUCUGCAGUAAAGAUCUCCAACGUUUCGGCAAUGGAAGUGAACAUAGUCCGACCAUUUGUGAUAAGAGCCUUAGAAGCAUUUUAUAAGCAUGACAAGCCAGAGGCUGAUGUAGACAGAGACACUAGAAGUAGUAGACAACAGCGUGAAGCCAACAAUGAACCAAGGGAUCUCUCCACGGCUUCGUCCUCUUCAUCCGCGGCGAUUCCGGUGAAGAUCAUUCCUCUCCAGCAUCCCGAUUCCACCUCUUCUGAUCCUCAUUGUCACUCCAUUCCCUUCAAUGAUUUCUUCUCCCGAUGGACGGCGAAGAUCAAGCGUAUGACGUUCUUCGACUGGAUUGAUACCAUAUUUCCUUGCUUCCUUUGGAUUCGGACAUACCGGUGGCAUCAAUACUUUAAGCUCGAUCUUAUGGCUGGUAUCACCGUCGGUAUCAUGCUUGUUCCCCAGGCAAUGUCGUAUGCAAGGUUAGCUGGGCUUCAACCAAUAUACGGUCUAUACUCCUCAUUUGUGCCUGUAUUUGUGUAUGCCGUGUUCGGUUCAUCCCGUCAGCUUGCAGUUGGACCUGUAGCAUUAGUUUCCCUUCUCGUCUCGAAUGCCUUGGGUGGAAUUGUUGAUUCAUCUGAAGAGCUAUACACUGAGCUUGCCAUUUUGCUGGCUCUUCUGGUUGGGAUAUUUGAGUGCAUUAUGGGGUUCUUGAGGCUUGGAUGGCUUAUUCGUUUCAUAAGUCACUCAGUCAUUUCUGGAUUUACAACUGCUUCAGCUGUUGUGAUUGGGUUAUCCCAAUUGAAAUACUUCCUGGGGUAUAGCGUUUCUCGGAGCAGUAAGAUUAUGCCAGUAAUUGAGAGCAUAAUAGCUGGAGCUGAUCAGUUUAAGUGGCCACCUUUCUUGUUGGGAUCUACCAUUCUGGUGAUCCUUUUAGUAAUGAAGCAUGUGGGAAAAGCAAAGAAGGAACUUCAGUUCGUACGAGCAGCAGGACCGCUCACAGGGCUUGCUCUUGGUACAAUGAUUGCAAAAGUGUUCCAUCCACCUUCCAUCACACUGGUGGGAGAUAUACCUCAGGGACUUCCAAAGUUUUCUUUCCCAAAAAGUUUUGAUCAUGCUAAAUUACUGCUUCCAACAUCGGCUCUCAUUACUGGUGUUGCCAUCUUGGAAUCUGUAGGUAUUGCGAAAGCACUAGCCGCGAAAAAUAGAUACGAAUUGGAUUCAAAUUCAGAGUUGUUUGGUCUUGGUGUUGCAAAUAUACUUGGGUCACUAUUCUCUGCAUAUCCAACUACAGGAUCCUUUUCUAGGUCAGCGGUGAAUAGUGAAAGUGAAGCCAAGACUGGCCUAUCAGGCCUUGUAACAGGAAUUAUCAUUGGAUGUUCUCUACUGUUCUUGACCCCAAUGUUUAAAUAUAUACCACAGUGUGCUUUAGCAGCAAUAGUGAUCUCUGCUGUUAGUGGCUUGGUGGACUAUGAAGGGGCAAUCUUUCUGUGGCGUGUGGACAAGAGAGAUUUUACUCUUUGGACCAUCACUAGCACUACCACUUUGUUUUUUGGAAUAGAGAUUGGGGUCCUCAUUGGUGUUGGUUUUUCACUUGCAUUUGUUAUACACGAGUCUGCAAACCCUCAUAUAGCUGUCUUGGGGCGUCUUCCAGGGACCACUGUGUACAGAAACAUGAAGCAGUAUCCAGAGGCAUAUACUUACAGCGGGAUUGUGAUUGUUCGAAUCGAUGCUCCCAUUUAUUUUGCCAACAUAAGCUACAUCAAGGACAGGCUACGAGAAUAUGAAGUAGCUAUCGACAAACACACAAGCAAGGGACCAGAUAUGGAGAGGAUCUACUUUGUUAUCCUGGAAAUGUCUCCUGUCACAUACAUAGACUCGAGCGCAGUAGAAGCUUUAAAAGAUUUGUACGAGGAGUAUAAAACAAGGGGCAUUCAGCUAGCAAUCUCGAACCCAAACAAAGAGGUUCUCUUAACUCUAGCAAGAGCAGGCAUUGUGGAACUUAUUGGCAAAGAAUGGUUCUUCGUGAGAGUACACGAUGCAGUCCAAGUUUGUGUUCAUUACGUCAACACACCCACAAAUGUUGAAGAAAGUAGCAAAUCAAGCUUAUGGAGAAGAAGUGGCGCGAAAAACUCACCAUCAUACGCUGAAGUUGAACCCGACAUAGUUUUUAAGGAACCAUUGUUGUCCAGGGAGAAAUAAAGAAAUUCAACACUCCGAUUCUUUUUGCAAUAAUGUAAUAUAUGUAUCAAAUAAAGCAUUCACUUUGGUGGAGAAAAAUGUGAUUCCCAUUUCUCUGAUUUAGCCUCAAGAAUCAAUGUCUUACGUAUGU